AUAUUAGCGGUACGUACUAAUGGUGUUUUACAUCUAUGUUUCAAGACAAUAAUUCUUCCCCACUCGUAUGUCUGUCGAAAAUUGUUCUAAGGAAUAUACCUUCUGGGUGGAAAAUUAAACCUAAGCUGAAUGAGUGUUUCAAGCUGUUCUCAAGCAUUUUACCCUUUUCAUCGCCCUUGGAGUUGGAAUACUUUUUCCAGUUUAACCAUUUCGAAAAUAAAAAAGAAGUUAAAACUGUCUAUGGAGCACUCAUUCAAUAUGAGAUAUCUAACAAGUUGAAACAGCUCAUGUUUCAAAAGGAAUUAUCACUUAGCAACUUGUGUUUGUUGUCAAUAACAGAAAACCCACCUCCCAAUUUUACCACCAACUGUUUACUUGGUCUGCCAUCGAAAUUAUUUCGAAAAUAUAUCAUUAUUAACUUUUGUAUAUAUUGGUUCCCAAUGUCACAUUUACUGUAUCACCGUGUAGUUCCCGAGGAGACGAAUUCAGGAACUCUUCAGACAGUUUUCAACUUCUUGAGUGACCCUCACGUAUUCAACAAACUAUAUGAAACGUGCAGAGAUGUACAGGUGUUUAUUUACUCGUGGUUGCAACAUGCUCACUUUUAUGGUGUUAGCGGCUCAGGCACAGAAGUCAAUCAAUACAUGAGUGUAAUUUUCAAACAUUCAGACUAUUCUCCACUUGUUGAACCUCAUACAUUAUCCAACGGCUUGGUUUUGAAUUUGCGUGAAGUUCUCAAUCGAUCUACCAGGCUAAAGCGUAAUACUGCUCCAGAAGUGACAGCUGCUGCGUUGCUUGGUCUUAAAAUUGCGAAUUUUCUAUGCGAAUGUUCAGAGUAUGUACAUGCAUGCAAAGCAGCUCGGAGUGUUCAUGAAACUGUACGUUCAUUUUUCAACCUGUCAAAGUUUCGUCAUGCUCAGCUGCGUUUGGAGUAUGAAGCUAUGUGCAUUAUGCUUAGGGCCAUGAAUGCGUAUAAUAUGUAUUUGGACCCGGAAGACCAACAAGUUUUUCAAAAAGAAGCACCCAAUUUACUAAAGUUCAUGUGGCAGUCAAAUUUAUUAAUGACUAAAUCUAGUGAUAUAAGCAACUUCGACUAUGCAUUAUUACCCAUGGGUUUGGAAACUGCAUCUCAAGAUACGUUUGUUACUUCUUUAUUAUCAUCUCGGUCAUCGGAUGAAAUUUCUGAGAGCACUUCAUCUACGUCUCUAAGUAUUGUUGGUCCUGCUGGCGAUGAAUCUCCUUGUGUGUUAGAAACCCUUACAACCCAACUGACAACCUCAAUAUCAGAAUUCUACUUCCCAACUAUUUACUCCACCUCCGAAGUUGUCCUCAGUCUUUUGGAUAAUAUCCCUGAGACGUGUGUAUCCACUAGUGCUUAUUUGAAUGCACAACUUGCGACUUAUCAUUUUUCAAUGUGUCAUUAUCAAAUCGCUUUCCAGUUUACUCUCUUGGCUAUUGAACAGUUAGAGAUUUGUUUCAAUCAAGGGACACCACCAUCCCCCUAUGUAACAGUUGAAGUCUUACGUAUUAUGUACAAAGUAUGUACCAUUAAAAGGAAAUAUGAUUUAGGAUUACGAAUUAUUCAACAUGCGUUAGCAUAUACCAGAUCUGUGUUUGGUUAUUGCAAUCUGAUGUACGCCAACCUGCUGAUUGAUUACGGAUGCUUAAUGUUGAAUACAGACAAAACACGUAAAGCAGCAGAAAUUUAUCGGAUUGCAUUAGCUUUAAUAUUGAAUUAUUUACCCGGUGCUAGUAUUAUGGUUGCAUUAGCGUUGGAAGCAAUCGCCUAUGCACAUUAUGUACUUGAAUAUACGUCAGGUGAUUUUACGUAUGCUUUAAAUUGUGCUGAAAUAGCCGGUCUGAUGCUUCGUCGUUUAAAUUAUGGAGUUUGUAUGCAGGCAGCUUCAGCUAAUCGAGUUAAAGCACUGAUCAUUGAAGAAAUCGCUAUUGACAAUAACGAUCCAUCCAGGACUAGAUCCGAUUUAAAGUUAGCCCGUGACCUACAUAUGGAGUCUUUGGAACUCUGUGAACGGACGUAUGGAAUAUGGAAUAUCCAGACUGCCAAGCAUUUUGGUAAUCUUGGUCGCUUAUACCAGUCAAUGCAAAAUAAUAAAGAAGCAGAAAUUAUGCAUUUAAGAGCUAUUGAAAUCAAAGAACGACUACUUGGACCAACAGAUUUCGAAGUUGGUUUAAGUGUUGGCCAUUUAGCUAGUCUAUAUAAUUAUGAUAUGGAUCGUUUUAAAGAAGCUGAACAAUUAUAUUUACGCUCCGUACAAAUUAGUAAGUCACAGUUUCUCAAAUAUAUUUAUAUUUUUUAAGGUAAUUCAUUUUAUUCCAACAUUCUUUCAAAGUUUUUUCUUCUAUAUUUUCCUCAGAUUGUUGUAUAUAUUCACUUUACUAGUUAAUCUGCGUUAAGAAAAUCGUCUUCAGUAAGUUGGGUACCACCAACAUAGCACCUGCAAUUACCAUGUAACGGUUCCAAGCUGCCAAACUUCAAACCAGCAAAUCUAGCUAGGAGUCACCAAGAUAAUGAGGCAAAAAGCAAUCAAAAUCAGCUAUAAAACAACAACGAAAUUUGAUAUAAUGACAGACAAAAAUAAUGUGUGAAUACAUCUGUGACACUGAGAUCGAUUCUGAUCCAAAACGCCAGUUUCGUUUGUUACGAUGUCUUUAACCAGAAAGUUUACAUUCUUCUACAUCACUCAGACCAGCACCUAGAGAUUUCAUGAGCUGAUACCAUUAUUUAGUCUGAUCUUUCUUUCAGCCUAAACCCGCUUCAGCUGAUAUUAUGCUACGAAGCGGAUGGUGAAUAAGUAACAUGUGUUUCAGCCAUCUGAAUGGACGAAGUUUCACACACUCGUAAGCUGACUCAUAUCUGUUGUCUAAACCUCUAUGGCUGACUUCUGCGUUGCUAAUAUGGUGACGCCACAACAUAUAGCCUAUGCCACGAAGGCAACGGUGGUCGAACAGUUGAUAUCUCCUCAUAUCUUCUACCUUUAAUAUCCAUAUUUCACGGCCACAUAAUAGAAGAGAUCGGACCUUUUGUAUCCCUUUCAGAGAUUUCAGCGACUAUUUAACCUACGUGGGUUGAUUCGACUUCUCAGGUAAGUGAGGGGGUCAACACCCUCCCUGUUGCUAAACAAUGCGCCAAUGAAUAUCAGUUCUAGAGCAGCAAUUCACAUUUGGCUGAUGAGAAAUGCAUCUCUAACAUUCGUCAAAUGCCAUUGAAGUUGUCCAGAAGACUACAUCUUGCCAAGGGAUUCACCUAACAGGACUGUGUCAUAUGCUCACUCUAUAUCUACCAAGGAUUCUCUUAUGAUAAGAUCUAUCGCUGUGAAGUCAGAAGACCUCCAUAAGUACGUUCACGAUAGAUUUGAAUAAGAAUGGAGAGAGUGAGCAUCGUUGACGGAAACAACUCACCUGAUAAAUCACGGGUGUUCGAGUACAGAGACUUUAAGUGUUGCACUUACCUGACACCCCUUACAGAGAGACACUGUCAUAAGACUUCUUGAUUGACAGACUUUAAUGCUGUCUGUAGGUCAAGAAAUGCAGUUAGUGAUCAUGGUGAGUCAUUUUUCAGUCUAAUCGGUCCGAAUUAACACUGAACGUUGAUAUGAUUUGGUAAGUCCCAAUUACCUCGUUUAGUUUGACUUAACAAUCUUGUUUCUUGAUUUGCAUUUGUUGACGAAUAUCUCUACACACAACUGGGCCUUGUGUUUACUUUUACUUUGUUUUACAGUAAGAAGCGGUGUAAUUGUAUUCAUUAAUCAUUAAACUUUGAAAAAUCACAAUGAUCUUGAGGAGUUAAUGGCUUCAGAAUUCUUGCCACAGAUGCAAAAAUCAUGUUUUCAAUUUCUUAUCUUGUUAACAUUUGUGUUGCUUAUGAAGUACUUGACCGCCUGUCAAAGACGUAUCAUGCUUUAAUAGUCCUUUCCGUUAUGGCCAUCAAAGCUGUUCAUUAAGGGUACCAAACAUACUGAUCUUAUAAUCAAUAAAUCGCCAACGCCUUGUAACCACAUGCAUUCACAAGCUCAAUAUUCAGUUUUGCUCUUGAUGUCAUAUGCAUUUGAGUAAAUCAAAGAAAACCGUUAUAUUGUUUCUGUGUCAAAUGACCAUGUUCUGAAAGUUGACAUGAAUAGAUAAAAAGCAUUCUGACAUAUCAGCAGCGCUCCUUUUUAUUCUGGGUGAUUUAAAUAUCAGGCAGCCGUUCCGCUCCUACUAAGCUGAGCUUGUUAUCGGUGCACACAGACAAAUUCAACUGAACAAGAUAUAUCGUUCAAUCCAUCUAAAAAGUGUCAAAAUAGUUGGACGUACUUGUCGUACUGAGAUUCGGGACAAGUACAUACAGGAUCCACAGUUCAUGAUGAGCACUACACAACCAGGUGUAACUCAAAUUUGAGAUUUCUUUUGAACACCACACCAACUUGAUUAACAAGUAUCACUGAUUUUCGGUCACAGUUAUUUUUCGACCAUGCAUUCCAGUCAGUUCACUUCUACUCCUUGAUUCUUCAGUGACAUUUCGGUGUCGAGCAGACCACAGUUUGUCAUCGUGUGCCUUUGAUUUCCAGAGGGAAACCAUGAUUGAUCUUCGAAUUGGGUUAUAGACUAUUGAGUCAAUGUCACCAGAGAGUGAGAAUCCUGCAAACACCCCUUUUGACUUUUAAACUAAUGGGGGAAGCUAUCAGUAACUAUAAUACGUCACCAACUCAGCAGAUGUUGAAGUAACUGGUCGAUUUUGCAUCUAGCCUUUCCAGUCAUGCGUUUUAUCUAUUAGUUCCUAUCCGUAUACCACAGUUCAUAUUUUAUGGUGCUUCACUGAAUUUGUCACCAUAGGAUUCAUCGUAUAACAAUUUUUCCCAAUUAUUUCAACAGUUACGUGAAAAGAAGUUGGCAUAUUUCAAUUUUUUGUGCACAUUUGUUGUUCAACUCUUACAUAAUGAGAAUAAAAUUUCCAAUUUGUUACUUAAUUUUUAGGUCUGAAUUUAUUCGGUCCUACGUACAGUGGCCUAGAGUACGACUAUCGUGGUUUACAGCGUGUCUACCAUGAAUUAGGCAAUUAUACAGAAAUGCAACGUUACCAAGGUUUAUAUGAAUAUUGGUCUAAAGAAAGACAACGUCUUCGUUCUUUAGAACCUACUGAAGCAUCUGAUUCUCUUGAUUUCUGCGAUGAAUGUAAUAUGGGUUCGACAGAACAUUCACGAGUAUUAAUGGAAUUGUUAAAAGACUACAAAUACCAGUUUAAAUCAAUUUUUGAAGGUCUACGCACAGUUUGUGAAAUAGAACAAGAAGUGAAUACAACAAGACGAGAUGCAUUUAACGUGACUUUUUCUGGUGGUAGUUUAGAGGCUAGUCGGUCAACAGGAUACUAAUAAUGUAGAUUCUUUUCAUAUUCCCCCAAAAAAAGGAAUGCGUAUUUUGAUUUUGCAUCCAGACAUUAUUUCUUACCAUUUUCAAAACUGUGUUCUUUAUGCUUUCAUUGGUGAUUAAAAAUAUCCUAGUAACUUUCGAAGCAGCUGUAUUAAUAAUUAUGCCCAAGGCAUCUCAUAAGACUCUACUAAAAAAAAAGAGACGAAACAACUGUAAAGGGGAAAAUAUUUCUUGUAGUAUUCAGUACUUCACACUUGUACAUAUGAUCUAAAUAACUAACAUAACAUUUUUUCUU